AUGCCUCCAGAGCGCAAGGGCAUCGACGACCUCCCGGACGAAGUCCUCCAGUACGUGCGUGCUGUCCCGCCGCUGGCGCAACCUCUGGAAAUCGGCUCCAGGUCUGCGCAUCCUCGCCUCCAAGGGCAAGUUCUUGGGAUCGGUGGAAAAGCUCUGCAACUUCUUGGACUCUCUGCUGUUCAGGUCCUCAGCCUCUAUGCACAUGACUCUGGGAGGAUUGACGGACGUCACGGACACACAGUUUGCCUGUACAAGAUACCACAUCUCAACUCCCAGCACCUGACGAGGCUAGAGCAUCUAAAAUUUGAGAACUGUUUUUUCGGAUCAUAUGGUUUUAAGCUGGGUGAUUCCCGCACUCACAUUUGUGCCCCGAAUCUGGUUUCACUACAUCUAGAUGAAACUUGGGGGUGGACGAUUCCCAUGCUUGAGAGCAUGCCGUCAUUAGUGAAGGCAUUUGUUAGAAUAUGCAUGGUUCCAGGGGACAGCUGUGGCCUAAUGGGCAAUUGUACUUGUGAGUUCUGUGACAAUUCUUACAGUAUUGGUGAUGGCACUGGCAGUAAUGGCUGUGUGUUACUAAAAGGUUUAUCCGAAGCUAAGGAUUUGACGUUGAUUUCUGCACCCCAACCGUUUAUCUUCAAAAAGGAUUUGAGAUGGUGCCCAACGUUUAAUUUGAGCUUUAACAACCCAGACCAGGAUGAGGAGGAAGGACAUGUUUGA